UUUCACAACUCUACUGGAAGCGCAAGGUGAUGAAGACCACCAGAAUCGGUCUAAAGACCCUCAAGACGUCUCUGACUGCAACCAUGCUGCUCUCCAACACAACUAUCUCCGCUACUUCAUCUGAUGUCACGCAUGGACGCCUCCGAAUGCACCCCCCUCAAGGCUAUCCUUCACAUCCAGUUGUAUUUAUCCUGAUGCCGAGGAGAUAUCGACUGCGCGUAAAUAGCGGGCCCAGGACGCGUAAUUGGUGCUGAAGAAAAAAUGAACCCUGAAUAACUGCAUUGUAUCAUACUCACUUAUAUCAGGGUCGUACGUAACGCC